UCUCGUGGAUCACAAACAGCACGCAGCCAACAAUGAAGGUCUUUUUAGUACUGUGUGCACUCACGGUGUGCACAUCAGCCACUUUCGACAAGUUGUUCAAGAAAAAGGACUUCGACCUCGGAGGACUCUUUGACGGUCUGUUCGAGUCCGAGAAGUCCCACCCACCGCCUCGCCCCGUCUACGGUCCACCCCCGCGGCCCGUUUACGGUCCACCUCCGGUUCACCACGCUCCACCACCCCCGCCCGUCUACGGUCCUCCACCUCCAUCGUACGGACCUCCUCCAGUACACCACGCGCCACCGCCACCACCACCACCACGUCCCGUGUACGGUCCUCCGGCUCAUGGACCUCCACCACCACCACCACCGCCGCCACGUCCGGUCUAUGGACCUCCGCCAGUGCACCAUGCGCCGCCCCCACCACCUCCACCAGUGAGCUACGCCCCUCCUCCGCCAGUAUACGCACCUCCUCCGCCUCAGGUGAGCUACUCGCCCCCUGCACCAGUCUUCCAGUCGGCUCCUCCACCGCCGCCACCACCACCACCACCGCCACCACGUCCGGUGUACAGUGCCCCACCUCCGGUAUAUAACGCACCUCCGCCACCACCACCACCGCCACCACGUCCGGUGUAUGGACCUCCGCCAGUACACCAUGCGCCUCCACCACCGCCACCACCACCACCACGUCCAGUGUACGGCCCUCCGGCCCCAGUGUUCCAGGCCCCAGCUCCUGCUCCAGUCUAUCAGGCUCCUGCUCCUGUAUUCCAGUCGGCUCCGGUGUUCAGCGCCCCUGCACCUCAGCCUGUGUUCAGCGCCCCUGCACCUCAGCCUGUGUACAGUGCUCCUGCACCUCAGCCUGUUUAUAGUGCUCCUGCACCUCCACCGGUGUACAGCGCUCCUGCUCCUGCUCCUGUAUUCCAGUCAGCACCUCCGCCACCACCACCGCCGCCACCACCACCGGUCUACAGUGCGCCAGUGCCACGUCCCGAGCCGAUUCAGCUGCUACCCCUGCAGAACAACCCGGUCAGCUUCUCGGGCGCCAGUUCGGCCUCGGUUGCCUCUGGAUCGGUCACCGAUGAGGGUUACCAUUACGGCGUUGGUCACGGCACCGGCCACUAGGAGGCUUGCCUGCUGGGAUCCACUUUUCACAACUCCAACCUGUCCCUCGCCUCUCUCGAACCGUUCCCUCUUUCGCCAUUCCUAGUCCCGACCAUCUCCGCCUGCAAAGGGAAACAAAUCCCCUCGUGGAUUGUGCAAUACCAAAAGUGUUUUUAUGUUGUUUAAUGUGUUGCCCACACAUGUGGUGCAAUUGAUGCCCACGGUGCCAAACCUUCAGUCACACUGUCACGCGAUGGCACGCUUUAGCUCAUCGACUCACACGUUUCUGUAACUCUCGGCAGGGCCUUUUGCUGUAGUAGAACAGUGAAGCGUAACCGAAGCAAGGGAAUGCAAGUAGAAGCCCCCAAUGAACAAGUAGGUUGGCAUGCUUGGAGCAAGGAUUCACCGUGGACACCAUCGAGCCGGAUGUUAGGGUCCUUCGAAAUCAGGAUUGAUCUGCGUGGUCUGAGACUCAUUUCGCCCAAGCGUGUCGGCUACGAUUCGUUUGCCAUAUGCCAUAUCUUGUAUUCAAACGACUAGCUACAUGUACUGGAAACAGUUUUUUAAUAAAAAGAAGUAUUUUAUC